CCGCUGCGUACUCGGGUCAGGGCAAGCACGAGCUGGCCAAGGAGGACGCCGAGAUGGCAGUCGCUGCCGACCCUAACUACUCCAAGGCAUGGUCACGUCUUGGUCUCGCAAAGUUCGUGCUUGGUGACGCAAAGGGUGCUAUGGAGGCGUACAAGUCCGGUAUGGAUGCUGAGGGUGGUGGCUCAGAUGUCAUGCGUAGGGGAUACGAGACCGCCAAGAGAAAGGUGGAAGAAGAGGGUGGAGACGUAG